GUCCGUGUCUGUCUCGGGGAGCUAACGGGGAGGCUACCGAAGACUCUGGCUCCGCGCCACGGGCCACAGUCAAUGCUCUCUCUUCUCUUGCUGCCGCUUUGCUUUGUAGUGUAGGUAGGUAAUUACUUUUGCUGCCGCUUUGCUUUGUAGUGUAGGUAGGUAAUUACUUGGAAUUAGACACUUCAUCAGUCAGUCAGUCGCAUGGACAUGGGCUCGAGUGAGGCGUAGCAUCAUCCAUCAUCCAUUGACAAUUCUCCAAUAUGGUCAGCUCGGCUCGCUCCAGACCGAGUUGACCUACUUUACCUUGCAAGUAAGUUACUUACAGCUGCUCCUUGGAGCAAAGGAACCCAAGCUGAAUCAAGCACAAGCACGUACACGCACACGCACUUGCACUCGCGCGUACGCAACCUCGCCCUCUUCGCCAUCAACUUUUUCAACGCGAAAGAAGCAGCACGAAGCAGCACCCAAAAACUCAAAUCCAGAACGGAAGAAAGAAAACUAUUCCCCUGCAUCACACAGUUAGUUAGUCAGUGGCGCUGCAACUUACUACAACACGCAUCGCAUGGCAGCCCAUUUAUCCCAUCUCCUUUCCCAGAUGAUUCCUAGGACCUGGUAGAUGGCCUCGUGCACAACACCGACACCGACACCGACACACGCACACACACAAUACCUUACCCGGCCCACCCCAUCCAUCAUCCAUCCUCCCGUUCCCGUCUACCGUCUCCCAUCGUGUCCAAGUAUCCGAAAAUUCCCCAUUACUUUUUUGACUUUCAUCGCGCCUUUUUCGUUGAUUUGGUAUCCGGCUUUUUUGGUCUCUCGUCGGCCCCCUCGAAAUUCUCCCCAUCUUCCUCUUUUUUUUCUGUCUCCUCCUCUUGGCCCGCCUUCGCACCGUCGAAUGACGUCGUUGGUCAAAGGGCCGACUCCGCUGCCGCUGCGAGCUGCGUGCUGCGCCUCACUCGACCUCGAACCCCGACUUUUCUGUGGUGCCUUUUUCGAGUAAAUUUUCGCCCUCCACGACUCGACCGACUUCCUUUUGGCUGCCCUGCUGCUUGCUGCUGCAGGUGAUACCUGGUAGUCAGUAGGUCAGUCAGGGUCACCGUACCUUUGUACUAUACCUUUGUACUAGCAGCCAGCCCAGUCAGUCGUCCUUGACCGUCAAGACUCUUCCUGCGUCUGCAUCCCGUCUGUUUCCAUUUGCUGCCCGCCGUUGCCACCCGACCCCAUCGAAUUUCUGUCGAUUAGUCCUGUUCCCUGCCCACCACCAUUGCACACUGCCCACUGCCCACCCCCUCUCUGUGCGACACUCUCACCCAAAGUGUCUGUUCGUCUCUCCAGUUGUGCGGUUGCGUUUGUAUAGGCAAAUUCCCUUUUUUGCAGCAAACAUCAAAAUCGCACAACACCACAACAGCAAACAUGGUCGUCGGUUUGCUCAGCAUCCCGCGGGAGAUUCGCGACUUGAUCCUCGGCGAAUGCAUCUUCCUUUCCGACCGCCAACCGCCGCCCAAUCCCUCAGUCAGCCAGGACCGCAAGAGGCGCGAGUACAAGGGCAAAGGUUUUUUCGAUGGCCACGACAUUUGGGUUGAGAAGAAGGUUCGCUCCCCGCCUUCCGGCUCCCCCAACACCAACAUCUUUCUCGUCAAUCGACAGAUACACGCCGAAGCCAAGGCGCUGCUUGCGACAAGGGGGACGCAUUGCCGUCUCGAUGUCAUGUAUGUCAAAGAAUGUGGCUUGUGGCCGACUUGGCUCGCGGUGCCAAGAGCGACCCGCCAUGCCGACAGCGUCCGAGUCCAAUUUCGAAUUUUCGACCCCCCCUCCGAUGUCAACCCGGACUGGAAGAACGAGGAACAGUUUCGAGGCGGUAGCGGCGGUCCGCCCUUCAUCGUCUGGAAUUUCUACGCCAUGCUGUCUGGUUAUCUGCAGUAUGGCCCGACUGCCUUCAGUAGUAUCGUCGCCGACCCGGCAAAAUUCACCAUCAAGAACCUCGUGCUCGACGUUCUGCCACCGCCCCCUGGCCAGAAGCACGAUCGGCUCGUCUCCGGCGGUGCACCGCGGCCGCCCGCUCAUGACAUGUUUGAAAGGUUCACCACCAUGGUCAUGGACGCGGAAAAGCGAGAGAGUCGAGGGAUCACUUGGCCCCGUCCGCCACAAGGCAAGGAGCACCUCAUCCCGGCCGAGAAGCUGGCUUUCUUCAUGUGCUGCCAGAUCGGAGGUCUCCUGUCCAUGUAUCGUGAUUGGGCCGACUUCGGCGCCGCCCUGUACGAAGGCAUCGGGACCAUUCAGAUCCGCGUCAACGGCGAACUCAGACGCCAUUUCGACCUGGACGAGAUGCUCGCCAGGCUACCCAUCCAGCCGAUCGCGGCGUGGAACGAGAAGGAACAGCAAAAGAGACAGAAGCGCUUCGACGACUGGAAAGCCCAAGCGAUAACAACGAGACAAGGUUGGAAGAAAUGAGGGAAAAAAGACAACUUGGAAUGAUGACAUGAACUGCCUUUUCUUUUUUUUCUUUUGCUUUGGCCGUACUGGCCACUAGAGGGGAGACUCCCUCUUUUGCAUUGGGCAGCGAUACCACCGGAUAGAGGGCUUCCUUUUGGGAUACGUCUUUUUUGCUUUGGAGCAUGGUGCAAGGUGCAUGGUGCAUGGUACAACCAGGCCGGCGGUGGUCGAUCUCGGAGGGUCGGGAGAGAGGCGUUCGGCACGGUACCGAACGCCGAGAAUGGAGCCGGAGUCGGAGGUGAAAGCCGGUCAAGAAAUGUUGGUCCUGUUUUUUUUUUUUUUCUACCGAGAUAGGCCUUCUACUGCAGUUCGGAGCCGAGCAAUGUCAGCGUGGCUUGCCUUGCAGCAUCCGCCCACAACAAUCUGUUUCCACAAUCCUCGAGAUUCGGCGUUAGAGACCACUUGUGAGAGUUGGGCUUCCCAUGAAGUGGUAGGGUGUUGUGAUCCUUGGGGAAGCUCCCACUUUUGGGUCGUCGUGUUGUAGACUUCCCCGUUAGUGCCAUCCGGAUAGAGGAUAAGUGCCGGAGCGGCGUCGACGGCGCCCUCGUGGACGAGUUCCUUGACAGCGGAUUCAUAGCUCUGGAUGAGAGACUCCAACUUCCACACCUUGGUGCAGUUGAUGCCGAUACCCCAGGGAUGGCUCGUGGCAACAUCACGGCUGAGCAUGGCCGUCACAGCCUCCUUGAUGGAAGAUCCAUCCGGCAGCAGGCCGUCCUCUCUCGGGAAAAGCGUCGCGAUCCAGAAAGGAAUGGGGGUCUCAGAGGCCAAGACUUUGGUCUUAUCCAGGGCCUGCCUCACGGCCUUGAUCUCAUCUGUGCGCGGGAUCGUCUCAAUGGCGACAUAACUGACGGGGGAAGAGAAGGCGGCGGCAGAUUGGAACAGCUGGAGCCGCUCGGCAUGCCAGUCACGGAGCUUCUCGAGAGUAUCGUGGUCGGCGUCAUAAGCGCCGCUGUACUCUUGGCCAGGGAUCAUGCAAGCUCCAUAGGGACCGAUGCUGAGAGCUGUCUUGCUUCCUUGGGAACGUCCCGCCUCAUCGGCAAUGCGAAUGGCGUCCUGGAUGAAGUUGCCAAUGUUGGCUUUGUCGAUACCGUUGGGGAAUUGGGCAGUGCGGGUGUUGGCAAAGCCGUGGAUGGAUAACUGGUAGGUGGCAGUGAGGAUGAUGUCAACGGGUACAUCUCCAAAGUCUUUCUGGCAGGCGAGCAGGGUGUCCUGACCAUCGACGAGAAGAUGGGUAGACCAGAGAGGCGUGGUAGCUGACUCGAACUUGAUGCCGUACUUGUCUUCCAAGGAAGUGCCGAGGCCACCAUCGAGGAUGAGGACCUUGGAUUGCUGGGAAGAAGAAGAAGAGGCAGCCAUAGUUGGUAUGGGUGAAGUGAAGCGAAGCGUGUACUUUGAGGGUGUAGUUCCAGGAAGGGCGAAGUGCGCAAAACAAGGUUCGGACCGGAAAGGGAAAUCUGACAGACAGGUAGACGGGCUACCUGAUCUCAGAUAGAAUACCUAAGAUGAGAUUAGGUUAAAGGUGAGACUGAAUCCGGGGCCGGCGUGAUCAAGACGAGAACGAGCACAAGAGAAAGAGAGAAAAAAGAGGUGAACGCGCGGCGGGACGUUGCAAGUCUUGUCGCUUGGAGGGAUGAGUAUGUGUGUGUGUGUGUGUGUGUCCGAG